AAUUUAGUUCCUGGGGAAGGAAAAAAAAAAAAAAACAAAAAAACAUGUCGCUGAGCCGAGAGAGCGUCGUGUCCUUGCUCGUGUCCGCGGGCGGCGGUGUGAGCAAAGCCGAGCUCCUGGAGAGCUUUCGAGGUGCGCUCGAGUGCGACGACCGCCACGAGAGGGCUCGCAACAGGGAACUUUUCAAGAGACUCGUCAACAGCGUCGCGUACGUGAGGCGAGGCGACGACGGCGCCCCGUACGUGCUGCUCAAGAAGGCCUACCAACAGCCCAGGGGGACGCAGCAGGACCUGGGACAGACCGCUGGAAGGGAACAGGGAGGCACGCAGGAGGAACCACCUGAGAGUGUCGUGGACACGAAGAGGUACGCUGGACAGGAGGAGGGAGGGAGCCCGCAGAAAGGUGAGCAAGGUCUACCUGAGACUGGGAGAUGUUGUGGACAGGAGCAAGAAGGUGAGCAUGAGCAUGAGCACUAUGCUCCUGAGACUGCAACAUGUGUUGCUACGGUUUUGAACACGAAAAAACUUCCCAGACAGGAACGGGAUCAGUCUCCACCGAAAAAGGAACCGCGUCAAUUUGAGACUGUUGUGAAUGUGCAGGGAAGUGAGAGACAGGAACAGACUUGUGGGCCACAGCAGGGCUCAAGUGAGAAUGUUCUGGAUCUUAAGAGCCAUGCUGAACAGGAACAGGAAGUUGAGCGGCUGGAUCAAGUUCACCCUGGGACUGUUGUGCACCUAAAGAGACAUGCUGGACAUCAACAGGAGGGUGAUCCAGAGCAGUGCUGUCCUGAACAGAAACAGGAGAACUGUCUUCAGACAGGUGAUCUGGAGCAGGGUCCGUCUGAGACUGGUGUGAUUGCAAAGAGACAUGCCGGACGGGAACAGGAAUGCAAGCAGAAAGAGAAGAACUUGAAGAGAUCUGCUGGAAAGGAAGAGGAAGACACCUUACAGACAGGUGAUCAGGGGCAGUGUCUACCUGGGUCCGCAGGGGACUCAAAGAGCAGAGCCAAAUCGGAACAAGGACGCACAGAACAUCUGUCUCCUUUCGAGCUGGCCUUACAGAGGAGCAAAUGUUUUGACAUGAGUGUUAAACAGAGGCAGAACGCGGAUGUGGGACCAAAACCGUACGCUUUACCGCUGAGGAUGCCCCCCAUGAACAGGACCCAGGCGCCCAAACAGGAACCCGACCUGGACAAGUCCCCUAAAGCGGAUCCCUUCCGAAGUAAAGCGAAGACCGCUAAGGCAUCUGACGAAACCAGAAUCCCGUCAGCGGUGCCCCUGGAGCCGUCGGAGCACGAGUGGUUGGUCAAGUGCGCCUCGGGCCACUGGAGCCAGGUCUACGGGCUCCUCCUGAGGGACCGCCAGCUGGCCGACAAGCGGGACUUCAUGUCGGGGUUCACCGCCUUGCACUGGGCAGCCAAGUGCGGGAACAGCGAGAUGCUGGUGAAGAUCCUGGACACGUCUCAGGAGGCCAGCGCUGCCGUGGACGUCAACGCCAGGACCUACGGUGGCUACACGGCCUUGCACGUGGCCGCCUUGCACCGGCAGGACUACGUGGUGGCCAUGCUCGUGGGUGAGUACGGUGCAGAUGUGAGAGUCCGGGACAACGGCGGCAAGAGGGCGUACCACUACCUGCACCCGGACGCCGCGCAGAGUAUCAGAGACAUGCUGGGCGAACCCAAAUAUCAGCGGGCCCCCCACAGACCUGAGGAGCCCGAAAUGUUCCCGGAGCUCUCCAAGGGUCUGCAUUCCAUAAGUCGUUUGUUCCAGCCACACCUGUCGGCCCAGCGGAAGAAGCACAAGCACAGGCCUGCCUUCUACUCGCUGGGGGACCAGCCCCAGGAACAACGACACGACAAGGCCUUCAGGCAGCGACUUGCUUCGGAUGCUUUCGCAUAGACUUCCUUCUAGUAGAUGAACCCUUGCAAAGUCGCUGCUCGGGAUUCACGUAUUAGAAUCCUCACGUAGUCACGGUACAGGAUUGGUGAAUUUCCCGAUUUCAGAUUUUUGGGGGAAACCCCAAAUUGAGUUAUGCUUAUUCCUAUUUUAUAGUUGUUACUGUCUUUUUGUUUCCAUGUAUUUUUUAUUUAAUAAGUUAUUUUGACAAAAUGACAAAAUUAUAGCUGUCGCAAAACUAGGCAUAGCAUUAAAAAUAUCGUAACAGAGUAAAAGAAUCCUCGACAUCAUAACAUACCAUCUGUCACUUAUCGCACAUUUUAAUACAGCAUUGACAUGCUACCACCAAAUAUCAAUAUUUGUAUUAAAGUAAAGUAACAGGUUCAUUUUCAAGUAACUAUGGUAUCAAUAGAAGCACCCUGUCAUAAUUUAUAUGUGUCCAUGUUUUUUGUCAUGAACCAGGAAGUAGCCUGCUAACAGAAAUACUUAUUUAGCACUUUAAUGCCUUGGCUGACCUCUGUGGAUAUGUUGUAUGAGUUACAUGUGAAUGCGAUUCAGCAGUGAUUCACAUGGCUCGACUCAGGGUGUUUCACAGUUACUCAUUGUCCCUGAAGGCAUCGUCUCCCUGGAGCCAUGCAUGAUAAUACAAAUGAAAGAGAUCUGUCCUAACAUAACUUUGCGUGAUGGAAAUACUUACACCAAGAAUGUUGUUGGGGCAUGGAACAAGGAAGAAGUCAUGAUUGAUUAGAAUUUAUUGGGAAAUAAUAACAUGAAGGCAUGUGCACUAGUCUGGAGACUAUGUAUAUAUGAUUUCAGUGCCGAUCAAACUUUUUUGUACAUUUUUCUUUUACGAUUCUUGGGAGGGAAUGUGAUCAACAUUACAUAAUUUAGUUUUGGGUAUUUCUGUAUUUUUGUAUUCUUACAGAAGUCAAAUUCAAUUUUAAAAAAAUCAAUCAGUUGCUCUGUUUUGAUCAGUAGUAGCUAUUAAAUAUUUACUGCUUCACUUCACUAUCACUUCAUACAAAUAAAAUAAAUUGCAACCUUCAGUAAAUUCAGGCAACAAUAAUUAAUAUCUUUUAAUAUUUGAAUUAUUGAUUCAUGUAUUUCAUCAUUUAUUUCAAAUAAAAAUAAAUACAAAUAUUAAAUUGUUCCAGCAC